GCUGCAACGAGCAAGAGAAACACAUCAACGUAAAGCACUGGUGUGUUCCCCACGUGCAUCCCACCAUCACCUGCCGCCUGCGAACAUGACCCAAAAUCUAAUCCAAAAUCCCAACCUCAUAGCGAGUGAAACUGUCUCUCCUCUCUCUUCGUCAACGGAUUCUCCAAAGCUUCCUCUCUCUGUAAGCAAAUAAAUAAAGAGAGAAAACAGAGCAAGCAACCAGCGUUAGACACAGAAGUGGCAAAUAACUCUUAUUAGCUUUGAUUUGGUACUACAUAAAAUGCAGGCAUCCAUGUACGCAGUUAAAUGCGGCAGUUUAAGCGUCGGUUUUGAGCCGCAUAAUCGGAGGAGACUGCUCGUCGCCGGUGGCCUUGGCGGUGAUUUUAGUAAGAAAAGUUCACUCUCAGUAUCGUAUUUGAAUAAAAACAGUUGCAUGAGUAGCCGAAUCAGUUGUUGUGGAUUGCGUCAUAUGGAUUCGGUCUCCAUGGGAACCGAGCUUGUGCGUACUGCUUUUUCUAGGUCCCGUCCGGUUAAAGCUCUAUCUUCUGAUGGAGAUGUUGAAGAAGCUGCUCUUGUCAAUCCUCCGAAAAAAUCUACUGGAAUAGUUCUGCCUUUUGUUGGUGUCGCUUGUUUGGGAGCUAUUUUGUUUGGUUAUCAUCUGGGGGUGGUGAAUGGUGCACUUGAGUAUCUUGCCAAGGAUCUUGGAAUUGCUGAAAACACUGUAUUGCAAGGAUGGAUUGUUAGUACGCUACUUGCUGGUGCUACUGCUGGUUCAUUUACUGGGGGAGCAUUGGCGGAUAAGUUCGGCAGAACAAGAACUUUUCAAUUAGAUGCAAUCCCUCUCAUAAUUGGAGCAAUUCUUUGUACUACAGCACAGAGUGUACAGACUAUGAUAAUUGGACGCCUACUUGCUGGUAUUGGGAUUGGCAUAUCUUCUGCCAUUGUGCCUCUUUACAUAUCUGAGAUUUCACCAACUGAAAUUCGUGGUGCAUUGGGGUCUGUAAACCAACUUUUCAUAUGUAUCGGGAUCCUUUUGGCAUUGGUUGCUGGAUUACCACUAGCAGGAAACCCUUUAUGGUGGAGAACAAUGUUUGGCAUCGCAGCUGUCCCCGCUAUUCUAUUGGCACUGGGAAUGGCAUUUUCUCCAGAAAGCCCUCGAUGGCUUUAUCAGCAAGGAAAACUCUCUGAGGCGGAAAAGUCUAUAAGGACGCUCUAUGGAAAAGAUAGAGUUGCUGAGGUUAUGCAGGAUUUAGCAGUCGGAGGUCAAGGUUCUGCAGAGCCAGAAGCAGGAUGGUUUGAUCUAUUUAGCAGUCGCUAUUGGAAAGUUGUGAGUGUUGGUGUGGCACUUUUCUUCUUCCAGCAGAUGGCUGGGAUAAAUGCUGUGGUUUAUUAUUCUACUGCUGUGUUCCGCAGUGUUGGAAUUGCAUCUGACGUUGCUGCAAGUGCUCUUGUUGGGGCAUCAAAUGUCUUUGGCACAACCAUUGCAUCAUCUUUAAUGGACAAACAAGGAAGGAAGAGUCUUCUAAUUACAAGCUUCUGUGGAAUGGCUGCUUCGAUGUUGUUGCUUUCUUUGUCACUCACUUGGAAGGUACUGGCACCGUAUUCUGGCACCCUUGCUGUUCUUGGGACCGUCUGCUAUGUGUUGUCCUUCUCACUUGGUGCUGGUCCUGUUCCUGCUCUUCUUCUGCCAGAGAUAUUCGCCUCCAGAAUCAGAGCAAAAGCAGUUGCAUUAUCCUUGGGCAUGCACUGGAUUUCAAAUUUCUUCAUUGGUCUCUACUUCUUGAGCGUUGUAACCAAGUUUGGGAUCAGCACGGUAUAUUUGGGAUUUUCAGGCAUCUGUCUUCUUGCUGUCUUGUACAUAGCUGGAAAUGUUGUGGAAACAAAGGGACGAUCUUUGGAGGAAAUAGAGCGUGCUCUUAACCCUACAAGCUGAUUUAGAUAUUUGUCGAAAGUGCACGUGGUAAUAAUUUCACUGCUGCUUAUGAUUGGCUUCAAAGAAAGGUGAUGCUUCUCUUUGGUUCUAGCAAGGCCUGAGUGAAAUUCCUGAGGAUUGGGGUAACAGUAAUUUAGGUUGUUGGAGCUGAGUGAUAAAUAUCCUGAAGAUUUUUGUUAUGUUAUUAUUGCAAUGAUUUUUACAGUAUUACUGACAUUGGAACUCUGAAAUGUGCAACAAUAGGUGCAUUUGUAUUGUAGGGUGUCCAACUGCCAACUGCCAACGAACUUCGGGAUCAAGUGAAAAAAUAAAAUGAAAACCGUGUUAGUUCAUGGGCUC